GUGUUUUUUUUGGUGAACAACCUCAGGCAGAAACCUAGACACGGAAGCUCCAAAGAUUGUCCUUGUUCGUUUCAGUGGCUGCUAUUUUGGAGCUAAAAUGUCCGUCCCGUUUCCUGAGGUUUCAGGGCCGCAUAUUAGAAUUUUAGGGGGAUUUUCCUUAGGUUAUUAGGGUAUUGAUGUGUUGUUAUUUAUGCUAUAUACCAGGUUUUGUAUUGAUUAUUGAAUCAAGGGUAAUCUAUUUAAGAGGUUAAAAUGCCAUCUAGCUUGCUUUCAAAGCUUAAUCUUUCUGUAUUUCCGGGUUUCGAGAGAACAGUAAGUGGGAAACGUCAUUCUAUAAGUUUGCUGCUUCGGCAGGGGUUUUCCCGAAAAACAGGAUUACCAUAUUCCACCUAUCCGUUACCAUACCCUAUGGCUGCUUCUAAUUCCAAACCCGUCUUCGGAGAUGUUUAUGUUGACGAUCUUAUAACCGGUUGCGGGAAUGCGUUGGAUUUCGCAAAACCUACCGGUGUUUUCUUCAACGAUAAAAGCCUUAUCAGUUGCCGAAAAGCUGUAGUGAGCUUGAGAAGGAGGGAAAUAUCUAACAGUCAAAUAAGUUGUGGUUACUUCUUCGCUGAUGUAACGAGGAAGAAUUGCAACUCCAAUAUAUUUCUUGGACCUCAGUUAAGGAACCUUCCUAGCUCAUCCUUGGCAUGCUACUCCGCGCGUGCAGCUCAUGAUGUGUCAUUUGAUGGCAAUUCUCGUGAUGAACAGAAUCCUAAUGCUACCAAUUUCUCUGACCAAACUCUGAAGCUUCUUUCAGGAUCAUGUUACCUUCCACAUCCUGAUAAGGAAGACACGGGUGGAGAAGACGCUCAUUUUAUUUGUACGGAUGAACAAGUGAUUGGAGUAGCGGAUGGUGUAGGUGGCUGGGCAGAAGUUGGUGUUAAUGCAGGAGAGUUUUCUCGUGAACUUAUGGCUAACUCUGUUAGGGCAAUUCGAGAGGAGCCUAAGGGUUCCAUUGACCCUGCCAGGGUGUUAGAAAAGGCUCACUUAGUUGCAAAAGCGAAGGGUUCCUCAACGGCUUGCAUCAUUGCCCUCACAGAGAAGGGAUUACAUGCAAUUAAUCUGGGCGACAGUGGAUUCAUAGUGGUUAGAGAUGGAUGCACAAUCUUCCAAUCUCCAGCACAACAACGUGGCUUCAACUUUACAUAUCAGUUGGAGAGUGGCUCUGGGGCUGAUCUACCAAGCGCCGGUCAGGUUUUCACAAUUCCUGUUUCCCCGGGGGACGUUAUUGUUGCUGGCACGGAUGGGUUGUUUGACAACUUGUAUAACAACGAAGUGACUGCUGUUGUUCUUCAUGCGGUGAGAGCUGGCCUGGAGCCUCAGGCAACUGCUCAGAAGAUAGCUGCUUUGGCGCGCCAGAGAGCACUUGACAGGACCCGGCAAACGCCUUUCGCCACUGCUGCUCAAGAAGCCGGAUACCGUUAUUACGGUGGUAAGCUUGACGACAUCACUGUUGUUGUGUCGUAUGUUGCAAACUCAACCAAUGCUUGAGCAUCCCUCUUUUUUUGCAAGUGUAACAAAACCAUCUCAUUUGUACAUUUCGUUUUUCGUUUUAUGAUGGCAAGGCAGGGCAUGGAAAGCCCGUUUUACUAUUCCUUGCCUGAAACCAAGAGGAAGAUUUAACGUUGAGCUUUAAAUAAUUCAGUUUUAUCUGAGCUUUAAUCUCGUGUUAUAUAAUUUGUCUGUUCCAUC